AUGGCGACCGGUGACGAUUUCACAAAAUCUAUCGCUGAAGGACCGGAGCAGAUUUUCGAUACAUGUUCUCCGUGUUCAGAAUCCGGAAGUUCAAAAGAAGCGGAUAAGUUCUGUGUUGAUUGUGGAUCAUAUUUUUGUGCUAAAUGUCUGCUGGAUCAUAACAAAUUUCCGGCGUUAAGAUCACACCACAUUUCAGACAAGCCCGAACAAAACAAACGAAAUGAAACUCAAACGAGCCUGCCGACAGAGCGAUGUUCAAUCCACCAUGGAAAGUUGGUUGACAUGUUCUGUAAAGAUCAUGACGAAGUGUGUUGUGCAGCUUGUAUUGCUAUGAAACACAGGGCAUGUGUAAAUGUGGACUAUAUUCCCAGCAUUUCAAACGGUAUACGAGACAGUACUGAGUACAAGGACACCAAACAUUCACUUCAAGAUGAAACAAAAAAGAGAAGCAAGAAACAAUAAACUGAAUGAUCUUGAGAAGCAAAAGAAUAA